GGGAGAGAGAUGAGAGAUAUGGAGAUUACCAUAAAAGAGUCGAGCAUGGUGUAUCCAGCUGAGGAGACACCAAAGCAUCGGCUAUGGAGCUCAAACUUAGAACUAUUGAUGACACUGCAUCAUGUCCCUACUGUUUACUUCUUCAGACCAAACGGUUCUUCCAAUUUCUUCGACACUCGUGUGCUUAAGGAAGCUUUGAGCAAGGUUCUUGUUCCAUUCUACCCCAUGGCUGGGAGAUUGGGAAGGGACGAAAAUGGAAGGAUCGAGAUAGUCUGCAAUGGAAAAGGAGCUUUAUUCUUAGAAGCUGAAACUGAUUAUGUAAUCGAUGACUUGAUUGGCGAUACCAUGAUAAAUAGCUCAGAGCUUUGGCGAUUAGUUCCAAAAGUUGAUUAUUUUGCUGAUAUUUCGUCAUAUCCUCUCAUUCUAGUACAGGUGACAAGGUUUAAGUGUGGAGGAGUUGGCUUUGGGAUUGGAAUACAACAUACUUUAGCAGAUGGUCCAACUUCGGUUCAUUUCAUCAACAGUUUGGCUGAAAUGGCUCGAGGGCUGCCACUUAGCACUCGGCCUUGCAUAGAUAGGUCACUGCUUCUAGCUCGAGUUCCACCAACUCCAACUUUUCACCAUGUUGAGUAUGACCCACCUCUUUCCAUGGCCGCUACUAAAGGACCCCGAUCGGAUCCUGAAACUACUGUCUCCGUUUUCAAACUCACUCGUGAUCAACUCAACACUUUGAAAGCCAAGGCAAACAAAAACAGCGAUGGUGGUGUUUACAGUACCUACAACAGCCUCGCAGCACACAUAUGGCGUUGUGUGAAUAAGGCCCGAUGCCUCCUUGAUGAUCAAGCAACUAAGUUGUACAUUCCGAUUGAUGGACGAUCUCGAUUGCGACCUCCUCUCCCACCUGGUUAUCUUGGCAAUGUAAUUUUUAUGUCUGCCACGAUAGCUUCACAUGGUGAUAUACAAUGUGAGUCGUUUUCGGAUACAGCAAAGAGAAUCCAGAACAUAUUGAGGCGAACAGACGAUGAAUAUUUAAAGUCAGCUAUUGAUUACAUGGAAAAAGAACCUAAUAUAAAGGCUCCAGUCCGAGGAGCAAGGGGGUUUCAGUGCCCCAAUCUGAGUAUCAACAGUUGGAUGUGGUUGCCUCUCUAUGAUGCAGAUUUCGGAUGGGGUCGUCCCAUAUGGUUAGGACCAGCCAAAGUGUCCCAAGAUGGGAAGACAUAUAUACUACCAAGUCCGGCUAACGAUGGGAGCUUGUCUGUUAUGUCAUGCUUGGAUACUUCUCAUAUGAAAAUUUUUGGGCAGCUUUUUUACGAGUUCUAGAGGGCAAUCGAUUUCGAUUGUUUUGCAGUUGUGUGCAUUUUUAUUUGAGCAUCGUCUCUUGUUUAGUAGUGGGACCGAAAAUAAGAGGAAAGACAAGACGGUAUCAAUAAAGAGGAAAUUCCAAUCGUCCAGUGAGUGUGUUCCUAUUUCCCAUGUAUUGCAAGUUUGUGCAAACGAAAAUGCUGUUCAAAUUUACGUUUACGGCAUUCGUACAUUGUAUCACAUUCAUAUAUAUCUAAUAAGUACUUGUACUA